GCAACCUUUAUGUUAACUAUAUUCAUGUUUUAUUGCUUGACGGAUGUGUGAAGCAAUAUUGAAGUCGCGUAUAUCGCGCUUACAGGCAACACAUUUUUAGUGUUAGCGCUGACACCAUGACGCUGCAGGGAUUCAUGGAUUCCCUGGGCUGUUUGGUUCUGUUGUGGACCACCAUGUCAAUCAGCGUCGGGAUGUCAGUCUAUUUACUGCUACAACACCUGCUGCAUUAUAAUAACCAUCGCCUCCAAUCAUAUGUCGUGAGGAUAAUCGUUUUUAUGCCUAUAUAUGGCAUCUUGACAUUUUUGUUAUAUUUGUUCCCUCGCUUUGUCGACAUUUUGGAAAUGAUGCGCAACAUUUGGGAAGGUCUGUUAAUCCAUUCCUUUUUGUGUCUUAUGAUGGAAUACUGCGGCGGUGAAAGCAACUGCGGUGAAGUGAUAACUCGGGACCCUGCUGUUAUAAAGCACUUUUGGCCCAUUAAUAGGAUUAAAGCGUUUUCACUAUCGGACGACAUACCGCUUAACGUUGGUUUCGUAAAACGAUGUAGGAUGGGCACUAUGCAGUAUGCCUUCAUCAGGCCUUCUUUAGCUAUCCUAUCUAUAAUAUACCGUAUGAUUGGUAUCGAGGAUAGCCUUAUCGUACGUCUGAUCAAUUGGCUAUCUAUUAACGUGAGCGUAUAUCUUGCGCUGUAUGCGUUAGGUCUUUUCUACGUUGCCACUAGAAACCACCCCGGCUUAGCUAAUGCUAACUGCUUGAUAAAGUGCAUAUCCCUUAAGAUGAUGGUUGUUUUCACAUUUUACCAGGGCUGCAUUUUAUCAUGGUUCACUACAAUGGAACAACAUGCGGCUGAAGAGUUUAAUACUGUUCUCGUGCUCCUGGAGCUGCCAUUCUUUGCUUUCUUGCUGAUGCAGGGCUACCCGGUAUCGGAGUUUAUGCCAGUUUUAGACGGUGCUUUGGAAUCAGGCACUGCGCAAACAGAUGUGGAAGCCCCUCCUUCUACAAACGAGGUCUCUGUAACUACAGAAACCAUGGCUCCAUUUGUACUUGAUGAAAGAUUUCUCAAAGUUUGCUCGACUAUUGGUAUUAACACAGAUGACGUUAAGACAGCUAUAACCCCUGAAGGUCGGGAGAAGAUUCUUAACAAUGCAGGCAUGGCGCUGAACAUGAUUGAUUUGAUCAGCGAUGCUUAUCACAACUACAGCGACAAAUAUCGCCAGCACAGCUUACUGCCUCAAACAAACGCAGAUGAUGUAGAAACCUCUGUUAAGGCCAAAGCGCCUGAAGAGAAGGACGAUAAUUUUGUCGAGAACUUUGCUGAGUUUGAAAAGGAUAGCACCAAAAGAACUUUGGAAGAGAAGGCGAAUACACUAGACAAGUUACAAUUCCUGUAGUCCACGGCUAUGUGGAUGGCACACUUCCAG